AUGUGCAGAGCACAGAGCCUCUGCCCUGGUCACAGUCCCCACUGGACUAACCCGUUUUACCACCAAGAUCGCCAUCUGACGCCAACCUCCACUGAGAUGGCUCCCAAGAAGAAAAAUCCCAAGAAGAACAAAGUGGACAAGGGCGAGGAUCCCCCGGCUCAUGUGAUGGUGGAGGACACUUUGCUGGAUAUCGAUCACCUCAACCACUUGAAUGGUCUGUAUGAAAAUGUCUCCAAUGGCUUCCGCUGCACUGCCACAGAGGUCAGGAACCCCAACCAUGGAGGCAGCCUCUUGGAGGAGAUGAGUCAAAUGUGCCAAGAGCGGUUCCUCUGUGACCUCACCAUUGCCACCAAAACCAAGUCCUUCGAUGUCCAUAAGCUUGUCAUGGCUUCAUGCAGCGAGUAUUUCCACAGCCUGCUGAAGAGAGAUCCCAACUUGCCACGAGUAGAACUCAACGAUGUCUCCUCUCUGGGCUUGACUACCAUUAUCACUUACGCCUACACCGGUAAGCUGAAUCUCUCCCUGUACACCAUUGGCAGCACCAUCUCAACCGCCAGCCGCCUACAAAUACAUGCUUUACUCAACAUGUGCAGUGACUUCCUCAUUCAGGAGAUAAACGUAGAGAACUGCAUGUAUAUCACCAACAUCUCGGGGGCAUACAACCUCACCCAGGCCAAGGACGCCACCCAAAAGUUCAUCCAGGAAAACUUCCUGGAGUUCUCGGAGACUGAGCAGUUCAUGAAACUCACCUUUGACCAGCUGAACGAGCUGCUGAUUGAUGAUGGUCUGCAGAUCCCAAAUGAGGUCAUUGCCUUCCAGAUUGCUAUGAAAUGGCUUGAGUUUGACCCUAAGCGAGUCACAUAUGCUGCCAGCCUCCUGAGCAACAUUAGAUUUGGCACCAUAUCAGCUCCCGAUUUGGUCAACCAUGUGCAACCAGUACCACGGAUGAUGCAAGAUCCUGAGUGCCACAGGCUGCUGGUGGAGGCUAUGAAUUACCAUCUGCUCCCUUACCAGCAAAAUACCCUUCAGUCCAGAAGAACCAAAAUCCGUGGAGGCCAAAGGGUGCUAGUCACAGUUGGUGGCCGUCCAGCUUUGACCGAGAAAGCUCUUAGCAGAGAGAUCAGCUACAGAGACCUGGAUGGAAACUGGAACAAGAUGGCUGAGAUGCCAGCGAAAAGUUUCAACCAGUGCGUCAUUGUGAUGGAUGGGUUCCUCUAUGUGGCAGGAGGGGAAGAUCAAAACGAUGCUAGGAACCAGGCUAAGUAUGCAGUCAACAGUCUGUGCAGGUAUGAUGCUCGCUUCAACACCUGGCUGCACCUGGCCAGCAUGCUGCACAAGAGGACUCACUUCAGUCUGAGCGCCUACAAUGGUCUCCUCUACGCCAUCGGCGGGCGCAACGCAGAGGGGGUCCUGGCCUCCAUCGACUGCUACAUCCCUUCCACCAACAGCUGGCAGAGCAAGGCCGGCAUGGAGAUCCCUCGCUGCUGCCACGCCAGCACGGUCGUCGACGGCAAGAUCCUAGUCACUGGGGGCUACGUCAACAACUGUUACUCACGCAGUGUGUGCAGCUACGAGCCCAGCACAGACACCUGGAGAGACCGGGCUGGGCUCAGCACGCCCCGGGGCUGGCACUGCGCUGCCACCUGGGCUGAUCGUGCCUACGUCCUAGGGGGCAGCCAGCUGGGCCCCCGAGGUGAGCGGGUGGAUGUGAUCCCCGUGGAGUGCUACAAUCCUGACACAGGCCAGUGGAGCUAUGUGGUGCCUGUGCCCACUGGGGUCAGCACGGCCGGGGUAACGAUCCUUGACGGGCGCAUCUGCCUAGUGGGAGGCUGGAAUGAGAGUGGGAAGAAAUCCCAGAAGCGUGUGCAGAGCUACAACCCGGAGCUGAACGAAUGGGCAGAGGAGGAGGAUCUCCCCGAGGCCACCGUGGGUGUGUCCUGCUGCACCAUCACCCUCCCGCACCAAAGCAGCAAGGGAUCCAGGACUAGCUCAACGGCAUCGGCAGCGGUCAGCAUCUAAUGGAGGAGCUGGGGGCUAGCAUUUCCGCCUGCAGCUGGGGACGCAGACAGAGCUCAAACCUUGCUUCAGAUUGCAGGGGGGCUGAGAUCAGAAAGCACCAAGAGACCUGGGAACUAAGCAAUGGCUCGUUUCACAGCAGUAGGGGAGCCUGUGGAGCAGCACGAUCUAGCGGUUAGAGCAGUGUUUGGUGAUCUUUGACACACUAUCUAAUGGUUAGCACAGGGCCCUGGGAACUAGAAACACCUGGAUUCUUAUUCCAGCUGUGAAACGAAAGCCCUCUGUGGCCUAAGGCAGGUCACUAGCCCCCCUACACCAUGAGUAAAAUGACACUGACCGCCACUGGGAGGAAGCACCUCAAAGCUAAGAAGCCCUGUGGACAUGCUCAGCUUUAGCAUUGUCUCUGCCCAUCUCUAUGUCUGAUCCCCUCCCUCCUCAAGUCAGAGGCCUCCCAUCUCUUCUCCAGCCCACCUGCACUGCAGUCAGAUGGGGAAUGACGUGUGGCUGGUGGGCUGGGUCCUUAUCUGACCGUUUAGAUGGCUGAGAGCUGCGGCCAACACUGGCAGAGCAACCUUAAUGUCUAACCCCAGUGAAACCCAGCUAGACGUUGGCCUCCUGUGAUGGACUGGUCCGUGAAGCCACUGCAGGGUUUUCUCCUGCACCACAGGGCAGGGUGGGUGGCACAUGGAACAUCCCAGUGUGGCCAGAAAAGCCCAUGUUCCUUUCAGUGACAUGGGUAGGCUCCAUCCUCUGUCACACACCUCCCCACUGUGGACUGCAGAUCAACCCAAUCACAAGCAACCCCACCACCCUCAAGCAAGCCAACUACUAGCAAGACAAUAGAGAGAGAACAAUAGAGUCCCUAUCUAUGCGUACCGCCAGGGUUGCCCGAUUCCUUCCAUUCUUGCCCUGGUUUUGUUUCCCAUGUAAUCAGGGAAGCCAGUGAGAUCUGACAAUGGGUCAGCGCUGAUGGUAUCAGGUAAUGAUCAGAAUAUGUGACUCAACACAGGGCAGGCAAAGCCCCGCCACCCCUCACCGGCUUCAACUAGAGCUUCAGGUUCCCUGGGAACAUGGUCUGGCUCAUUGUAGCCAGUCUGAUGUCAGGAGAGACGUUUCCCAAAUCUGGUCAUUGUUUAACCAAAUUUAUUCCCAACAUUAUGGAUAAGGGAAGACACCUAAUUCUUUAGAUAGCGGCAUUUCGGAUUGACGUGAGACCCCAAAACAAGGCACCUUUUAGCUGUAGGCAAUGGCUUAAUUCCUUCAUGCUGCAGGAUGUAACAAGGAGACAAGGUGGUUCCGUGGUUACAGCUGGCAAUCAGGAAAUGUAACUGCUGCCGGGACUAUGUGACUUCAGGCCAGUUACUUCACUCUCCUUCUCCUGUUUCCCCUUCCGUAAAAGGGGGAUCGUGGAAAGAACGACCCUCCCCCAGAAAGCAGUUAGAGAUCUUCAGCUGGACGAUGCCAUAGAAAUGCAAAUUGCCACCCCUCUCCUCCUAGCAAGCAGCCCUGCCACUCAUGUCACCCCCUAACACAGCUAAAAGGUAAAUAGGGUUUCCUCCCCUUCUUUCAACCUGUCAUUUUAGGAGUGUUUUUUUGCUUUGUUAGGAUCAGAGUUAAGGUUAGAAUGCCACUGCGCCAACUCUGUCAUUUCAGUUUGGAGUCAUUCCACGGUCUCCUCAAAUCUCCUUGUUCUAUCGAGGCAAGUUUUGAGCUCUAGGGAAGCGUUUGAUGGACUGUCUGCAUUUCUGGCUGCGUGUCAAGGUGCCUAUGAAUGCCCGUAACUUUAACUCCAAACCAAGCAGGGCAUGAGGCACUGAAGCAGGGCAUGAGGCACUGAAGCAACCACAGAGGAAAGGAGGAUUUUGAUCACCAAUCUGGUUGAAGUAUAGACUGUAUCAGAGCUGGAUUAAAAAAAAAAAAAAAACAAAAGAAAACAUACAAAAACUCCCUGGAGUCACUUACAGGGAGAUCCUAUUACAGGAAUAGUAAAAAUGAUGAAAGUGACAAGAGUCCUGUGGCACCUUAUAGAGUAACAGAAGUAUUCACCCACAAAAGCUUAUGCUCCAAUACUUCUAUAAGGUGCCACAGGACUCUGUCGCUUUUUACAGAUCCAGCCUAACACGACUACCCCUCUGAUACUUAAAAAUGAUGAGACUCCUAAAAAUUCCAGUAGUUACACCCUUCUAUGUUAGCCAGAAGAAAUAAGGCUAAGAAAGAACACUGUGACCCUUGACAUGUACCUGGUAAAUCUGAGAAAAUGUAUUUCUCUUCUUUAAUAGUGUCAAGGGAAGUGAGUUGCUAGGGCACCACAUAAUUAGAACAGAUGUAAACAGACCUGUAAUUACAGGGAUACACAAACCCUUUCCCUCAUCUAGCGGCAAGUACCUACACAAACCUUAACCAGGAAGUCCAGUCUAAUAGUCACACAAGGCGAGUUAUAGUCACAAGCAGCAGUUGAGGGUUGCUUCCCUUGACCUGGCAACCUGCGCCUGGCCUCAACCAUUGCUAACACAACAGCAGAGAACCUGGAAUAUGGAAAAUUCUUAAAAAUCAAAAGGAAGAAACAUUUGGGUAGGACAAUGGCACGGGGGGGGGGGGGGGAUUUA